AUGCCCAAACAAGAAAACGGCGUGCCGGAGGAAGUUCCUCUGCGCUCAGAAACGCCCAUAGCCACGCCCAUGGCGCUGUAUGCCAACUCCAUGGCAAGUACGAACUCCGUACCUCCUUCGACCUACGCCAUGCGGCCGUCCGACCAAAAGAGACGAAGAGUCACCAGAGCUUGCGACAACUGCAGACUCAAGAAGGUCAAGUGCGACGGCAAACAGCCAUGUAUCCACUGCACGGUGUACUCGUACAACUGCACGUACGACCGGCCCAACGUGCGCAACAAAAAAGCCCCGGCACCUUUGCCCAGCACGCCGCAGACAAACUUGCUCCAGCUGAUUGCCAUGAACAGAAUGCCGUCCGUGUCCACCAUCAACGCCAACUUGGUCUUGUGCCAGAACAUCAUGAACUUGUUGUUCCCCAAGUUGCGCCUCAACUUCUUGGAGGACCGGCCCCAGAACUUUGACUUCAACAAGUUCCAGAAAGUGGUGGGGUAUCUCCAGAACAAGAACCCCUCCAACAUCAACUUGCACGAGAUCCUGGAGCUUUACUUGGACAACCCAACGCCGUCUGCUUCUCCCAUCAGCCACGUCGAGCAUCACGUGGGCUCCACAGGCUCUUCUGAUGACACCCUAGGUGCUGAAAUCAAAAUCAUCUUGCCUCCGAAAGAAGUGGCUCUACAGUUGAUUUUCACCACAUGGAACAAAGCAUGCGUGCUUUUCCGCUUCUACCACAGGCCUUCUUUGCUCGAAGAAGUGGAUUUGCUCUACAGCUUGGACCCUCUACAUUACACCGAUAGACAGCAAAAGUUUUUGCCCUUCAUGUACUCGAUUCUUGCAUGUGGCUCGCUCUUCUCUCGCCAAUGCUACAAUGAUCUUCCCAGCAACGAAACGUUGGAAGAUGACGGAUUCAAAUACUUUUUGGAGGCAAGGAAACUUAUAGAUAUUACAAACGUGGGCGACAUUCCCUCGAUCCAAACCAUUGUCAUGAUGAUCAUAUACUUGCAGUGUUCCGCAAGAUUAUCGACAUGCUAUUCAUACAUCGGUAUUGCCCUCAGAAGUGCAUUGAAAGAAGGCUUACACAGGAAUCUUUCCAUCUUCCAAUCGUCCAAGAGAAAACUCGAUCCUAUUGAAGUUGACACAAGGAAACGAUUGUUUUUCACCAUUUACAAGAUGGACAUCUACAUCAACUCGCUCCUAGGCUUGCCUCGUUCGAUCAGUGAAGAUGAGUUUGAUCAGGAGUUCCCCGUGGAACUUGAUGAUGAAUACAUUACAAGAGAGGCAUAUCUUUUUGAUAAGCAAGAAGGGCGAUUGUCAUCUGCUGGGUGCGCAAAUCAUCACACAAAGUUGACAAUUAUCCUUUCAGAAAUCAUGAAAGAGUUGUAUCCGAUCAAAGCCAAGCCCAAGAACAGUGCUGAUGCCAAACUUUCGGGUGGCAUCCACGAUAAAGUUACUGAGCUAGAGUUCAAGUUGAAAAAAUGGCUCGAGAACCUUCCGGCCGAGUUGAAGCCAACAGACCCAAAUGACUCAGAAAGUGGAAAACAAAUCCCUGAUCGUUUCAAAUUGGCGAACUACUACCUCCAUCUUUCGUUUUUGAAUUGUCAGAUUAGUCUUUACAGACCUUUUAUCCACUACAUUAGUAACGGAUACCAGUCCACAUACUCUGACUCGAGAUCUUUGAUCCGUGGUCGCAAUUGCAUAAAAGUUGCUCGGAUGGUUGUGAAGUUGGCUAACAAGAUGAUUGAUCAGAAUUUGUUGGUAGGAACGUAUUGGUUCUCCAUGUACACAAUUUUCUUUUCCAUCGCUUGUCUAAUUUAUUACUUUCACUUUGCCAAUUACAACAACCAAAAGAAUAACCAAAUGGGUGUCAACUACGCUGGUGUGUUAUUUGAUGAUGAUUUGAACAUUGAAAUGAUUCGAAAGGAUAUUGAGAUUGGCCGCAAGGUGUUGGAUACUUUGAAGAAUAUGUCGAAUGCUUCUUUGCGGAUCUACAACAUUUUGAACAAUUUGUUUGAGCAGUUAAACAGAAGAACAGCAGACACUUCGUUGAAGGCCAAUUUGAUGUCAGGCUCUUCAAGCAUUGAAGCUAAUGAUGCAUCUGUACAAGUCACACUCCGGAAUUUUGAUAAGAUCAACGAUUUCAAGAGCAAUACAUCUGGCCAGAACCGUCAAAAUGAAGAAGGCUUCAAAUUUGUCAAUACGCCUAAUAGCGAGAAGAAUGAAGCUGAAAAGCAAUUAUUUGAUCUUUUUACCAAACCUUCGAAAACUACCGAAGAAACCAACUCCUUUGACGUUCCUAAUGUUGAGCUCCCAGAAGCGCCAGUGGAUGGGUCCAAUGAAUCUUCGCUUCCGAGCUCCAAACCUGAAGUUCUAGAUCCUCAAGUCAAUAUGCCAUCAUUUAUCGAUACGCCUUUAGAUUAUAUGCCAGGCGUCAUUGACACGUUGGACACACAGAUAUUUGGCCGUAUUCUUCCGCCAUAUAUGCUUGAGGGAAAUAAGAAGCUUGAUUCAAUGGACGGGAAGCCACUGGACAAGAUAUUUAAAGGAUUUGACCAGCAAGAGUUGAACUCUCUUACAUUUGAUCCAAGCCUGUUUGACUCGCUUGAUCCCUUCAACCCGAACCAGUGA